AACCCUGUACAGUGUAUCUUGUGUUUGCACGCGCAAACUCCUGACAAAUGGACACACCUGGGGAAAGCUCGCUGAUUCUCGAUGAGACCUCUGCACUUAAGGUUUUUGGCAACCCGCUGCUCCUACAGCUCAUCUCAGAAAAGCUACAGCCUAGAUCGCGUCUCGCGUUCGCGUGCGUCUCCAGGGAUUUCCGCGCAGCUGUGGACCGGCGUGACCUCUGGGAGGCCUUGCACUGGCGCAUUGCUGGCGGAGAUGAGCGUGGGCGCUCAUGGAGCUACAGCGAGGCCGCGGCGCACGGCAAGCGGCUGGACGGGCUGCUGCGGCAGUACGGACGGCACGUGUCGGCGCUGCACCUGGGCGGCUGCCCCUGGCUGCACAUCACCGGGCUGGACUACCUGGCCAGGUGCUCGCGGCUGGUGCACCUGGACAUGACGGGCUGCAGCCAGUACAGUGUGGACGUGCUGGGGGCGCUGUGCCGCCACUGCCCGCAGCUGAGGUCACUGGUGGUCAGGGGCUGCUCGCGGCUGUGUGAGCUGGCAGUCAUACAGGAGCUGUUUGACACUCCCGAGAGCCACCGCCUCAGCUUGGAGCACCUGGACAUGCAGGGCCUGCUGUUCCUGCAGGACUCGGCCUCACUGGGCUCAGAGCUGGGCCACUGCCUGGAGAGGCUGGCGGGGCCGCCGCCGCCGCCGCCGCCACCGCAGGGGCCGGCCGGAGGCGGUGGAGGCGGCAGUGGCGGUGGCGGCAGCGGCUCUGCGGAGGCCGGGGGGUGCCGCCUGGUGUCGCUGCGGCUGGGCUGGCUGGGCGAGGCGGCCGCGGAGGCCGGCGCGGGCGGCCCCGCCCACCCUCAGCUGUACGUGGGCGACCUGCGGCCGGUGCUGGGGGUGGUGGGCCGCGCGGGGGGCAGCCUCAGGCUGCUGGACCUGGCGGGCUGCUGGUCCCCCCACGGCGACCUGGCUCUGCCGCCCGCGCUGGCCGCCUGCUCCGUGCUGGAGGUGCUGUGCCUCAGCAACUGGCAGGGCGGCCCCGGGGUGGGCGAGGCGCUGAGGCGGCUGCCCAGUCGCCGCCUGAGGCACCUCAACCUGCGCGCAGUGGUCCCCCUGACGGACGCCGACCUGCUGCCGCUGCUGGGCCGCUGCGGCGCCGUCCUGGCCUCGCUCAACGUGGGCUGCUGCCCGCGCCUCACCGACGCCCUGCUGGCGGCGCUGGGCCGCGCGUGUGCCGGCAGCCUGACGGGCCUGGACGUGUGCUACGCCGAGGGCAUGACGGCGGCGGGGGUGCGCGCCGUGGCGGCCGCACUGCCGCGACUGACGGACUUUGGCUUCUCGGGGUUCGCAGGCCUGGAGGACUGCGAUGUGGCCGACAUAGUGGGCCGCCUGCACCACCUGAAAAUGCUGGGCCUGGGCGGCAUCCCGCGCCUCACCGACGCCUCGCUGCGCGCCCUGGCCGCCAGCCCCUGCGUGGCCGCCGGCCGCUUGGUCACCCUGUACGCCGCAGACCUGCCCAACAUCACACUGGCAGGCGUGGAGCAGCUGCUGAGGGCGGCGGGAGGCGCGGCCGCGCUGCUGCCGCCGGCGGGGCCCGCAGCGGCGCUCAGCGAUGGAGGUGCUGGAGGGGGUGCUGGGGAUGGGGGCGGCGGGUUGCGGCAGCUGGAGCUGUCGCGCUGUGCGCAGGUGCCGGCGGCGGAGCUGGCGGCGUUGCUGGCGGCGCUGCCUGGGCCCGGCGGCUCGGGGUGCAGGAGAUACGUGUUUGAUGGCGACAUGCUCCCCCGGGAGGUGGUGGCGGAGAUAAACCCCUUCCUCAGCCAGGCGGCGCAGGCGGAGGCCGCCGCCACAGGCGCCGCGCCGCCGCCACAGGCGCCGCACUGGCGCGGGGCGGCGGCUUCGGGCGGCUGGCGGCUGCUGCUGCUGCGGGCCUGGGGCGUCGGGCUGCGGCUGGUGCGCGUGGUGCCGCCGCCCGGCACCGCGGCAGUGCAGGCGGGAGCCGCAGCGGCGGCAGCGGCAGCAGCAGCAGCGGCCGCGGCUGGCGGCCCGGUGCGGCGGCUGGUGGCCAGCGCGGCGGUGAUUGCGGCGCUGGCGUCAGUGGCGGCGUGGGCGGCGUGGGGCGAGCCGCUGGCGCCCGCGGCGGCGGCGCCUCAGCUGGCCCUGCCGGCGGCGCUGCUGCGGCUGGCGGUCCGGCUGGGCGGGGCGCUGGUGCUGCUACUGCGGCGUGUGCUGCUGGCGCUACUGCCGCCGCAGCUGCUGCUGUGGGCGCCACCGCUGCAACCGUCCGGCGCCGACGUGCCGGAGGCGCUGAGCACAGCGGCUGAGGUUGUAGUGCACCCGGCGGCUUGUGACGCCGCUGCACUGCUGGGUGGCUCGGCUGCCUGCCACGUUGCCGCGAGUAAUGGCGCGUGCGGGGCGGCGGCGGGGGCUGCACGGGGCUGGCUUGCGGCGCAGGCGUGGCUGCUGCCGCUCUUGAUUAGCGCUCUGGGUCCACUGGCUUUGAUUUAUAUGUUGGUGUUGAUGUUUGCUUUUGCACUGGCGGGAGCUGUGAUUAGCCUUGGGUAAUAUGGCUGUGUGCAGCUGGAAAUGCAGGCCGACGUACGGGCACAAUUUCUUGACCGCCCGCCUCUGCUGGUUAGACGGUGCUGGUAUAGAAACGCCACUUAAUUGUACGUAGUUGUGCGUUGGCAGUUGAGCGAGCGUGCAAUUGCUGGGAGAAAAGAAACAGGGGACGAACAAUUUUGACGCCCAAAGUCCUAACGAGCAUGCACU